AUGUACUGCACUAUUCACUCAUUAGGCAUAGCUCCUAUCUCACCUUACAAUACACUCAUUCCACCUUGUUUGGAUCUCGCUCCCUUGUCGAGUCGUUUGCCAUAUGUCCCCUCCUCAGCUCAUGCAAGACUUGAAGCGCCUCCUUCUAAGUCGUCAAUUCCUCAACCUCAACCUUCAACCCUAAGUCCUCCUCCUCAGUCGGAAACAUUAUUAUUCUGGGUGACUCUCCAAAAUAAGAUCGGUGUCCAGAAACGUCAAAGCAAGCCCCAAGGAACAGAUCCAACAUGGGAGAGUGCCGGAAUAUGGGACAUCGGAAACCUCCACCACUUCUCCAACAUAAGCUCCUGUCUAUUUACCGACAAAGUACUCGUCUUUGGCAUGACGAAGCCCGCUGAUGAGAAUGAAAUCCACGACGCAACCUUGUCUGUAGCUCAAUGGCCAACAGCGGGAAGCCAACCGCUCGGAGUCGGUCUGAAAGGAACAGCCAUCGCAAUAUUGGUAAACGAGACGUACAUCUUCGUGUUCAUUGUUACAAGGGAUCACCGCCUGAAAUUUGUGUACGGCUCUAUCGAUCCCAAGACGAAAUCGCUCGCAUGGAGCGCGUUGCUCAAUGCAUCUCCGGACCAGCCGCCAUCUAACAGGCCUGCGCCUCGAGUCCACCCACACACCAAAAUCUCAGCAUCUGUAAUAAGCGCAACAGAAAUCAAGGUAGCAGCUUUCAGCCGUGAAGGCGUGGCAUGUGUCUUCAACAUCCAAUUCAUUCAGGGAGCUCAUCAGUGGUCUGUGAUAUCGUGCGACCAGUUCCCGGUCAAUGUGUCCAAAGUUGAUAAGAAGAAUCCGUUGCCAUCGGGGACCGGCGCUGCAAAGGGCUGGAUGCCCAAUGUGUAUGGAGACUUGGCAUUGGCACAAGAGGGACAAGAAACAUUUCUGUAUUGCUCAGGCUCAAAACCGGAUGAGAAGGCUGUCCUAAUGCGGCGGAUACGGUUCAAGGAUGAUCCUUGCUUCGUGCCAUACUUGAUCCGCAAGAACUGGCUCGCCCACGCGACAUCUAGCCCAAGCUACCACGCGAUCUUCAACACCCAUUCCGGCUCCCUCAUGAACUGGCGCGCGGCCGGACUGGGGGUGCUGCGAAAGACGCUCGAGAGCCAAACGUACUACGUCAUAGCCGUAGCCUUCUCGCCAGACGGCAAGACACUGGCGUCGGCAGCUGAGAACCACACUGUCAAGCUACACAUGAUACUCGUGGCACCAUCUACACACUUACUUUCUCCGGGGAAUGGCACCUUCAUUGACACUAACCGGGGGCCCUUAGCUAUCUCUUCUUCAUUUAAUGAUACUGCCUACUAUUUAUCAAGAAUUAAUGGAUGUGUAGUCAAACCGAUCAGCUUCUUUGACUCCCUUCUAAGCAUCGAAUUUGAUGUUUUAGCGAUACGCCCUCCAACCUCCUCCUCCCACUCGCCUCCAUUAAGGGAGGAUCGCGUAAUGCACGGCCUCGCGCCAUGUGGCGCAAUGAGGGGUAAGCCGGAUGCGACGGGCAUGGGCCCGAGCAUGUAUAUAGUCUCUCCUCCUCAACAUGACGCCUUGAGAGCCGAUUUCAGCGACUCCAAAGCGGCCUCAAUACUGCCCAUAUUGGUUGAGAGAGAGGUGGUUGAAGUUUUGACAGCUUCGCGCAGAACUGUGCAUUACGCGAGGCCAUGGAAAGUCAGCGCUGCUUCUGGUUUGCCUUGCGCUGCUGUGGUGUUAGGUGUGGCGGAAGUCGCGAAUACAGUCGUGAGUGAAUUUGGUUUCCGCACUGUUUCUGGGCUUCCUGAGAUGAAUGAUGGGUUUGGAUAUGAUGAAAAUAUUGCCGGCACAGGGGUCAAGGAGCUAGCUAAGUCACGGAAGAUUAUCUCACAUCCCUACAAACUGAUAGUGGCCCAAAUUCAGACCCUGUUCAUGCUGCUCAGGGAGGAAAUCAGGCACAGUAUAAUGACGCUAGCUCGCGUUAGGUCAAAUCCGGAAAAAGCUUUAUAUGAGCUUUAUGCCGCCCAUCUUGACCUUCUGAUGUUUCAGAAAGUAUUCUUAGCUAGGCGGGCAUUCGAAGAUCAAGUAGAAGACGAUAGAGUCGUAUAUACCGUCUCCUUAACUCUGAAGGUGUAUAGUUUCUGA